AUGGCCACGUCAUCAGCGGCAGCGGCUGCCAAAAAGAAUGAAGUCUACGGAACUACACGAAACUUGACAGAAGUGUUUAUGCUGCUCCGAUCGAAUGCUCAUCAGAGUCGGUUGAUUUAUAAAGAUGACUCGGAUGUGAUUGUGAGGAGUCGAGGAGAUGAAGAGCGAAUGGCUCUUGUGGAGCUUGAAGAUGGUGUUGAGAAAGAAGAAGAAGAAGAUCCAGUAUGGAUUCAUACAGCGGAUCAGGUGGAAUUCGAAUUUGAGCGAGUUCAACGACGCCUGGAUGAGCUUGGAGAUGCGCAAAGAAAACACAUUUCUAGACCGAAUUUUGGAGAUGAGGCAUUUGAAAAAGAGGAGAAGGCGAUGGAGCAGACAACGGAGCAAAUUACGCAAAUGUUGACUCAUUGUCAGAGGCUGAUUAGAAUGAUAUCUGGAAAUCAUGGAAAAGAGAAAGCGAUGCAGAAAAAGUUACGGGAGAAUGCGGCAGCCACAUUGAGCUUGACUUUAAGUCAGAUUACAGACGAGUUUCGUGGAAGGCAAUUGAAAUAUUUAAGUGAUAUUCAGAGUCGUUCUCGAAACGUCGACAACUAUCUCAUCACUACGGAUCCAUUGAUCGAUGCCCCAAAUUGGGAAGAUUUGGAUGUUUCGCCGUCAGCUGAACUCUCAAUGGCUCAACUUCAACAGUUCAUGAAUAAUGAUCGAGAAGUUCGAGAACGAGAAAAAGAAGUGUUAGCUGUGAAUUCGUCGAUUCGAGAGCUGAAUACACUGUUUCAAGAUUUGUCACAAAUGAUUGUGGAUCAAGGAAGUGUGGUUGAUAGAAUUGACUACAACGUUGAGCAAUCCUCCAUCCGAGUCUCCAAAGCAGUUGAAAACGUCUUCAAAGCAGAACGAUACCAACGAGGAAACAAGAAAAUGCACCUCAUUUGCUGUUUAACAGUUGCCAUUAUUUUUGUGCUUAUCCUAAUCAUUGUUACUAAGUUAUAA